AACCAAGGAGACAGCAUGGUGAAGUUUGCACCCUUGUCCGUGCCGUGGGAGCGCAGACUGCAGACCUUUGUGGUUCUGCAGUGGAUUUUCUCCUUUGUGGUCCUGGCCCAGAUCUGCAUUGCUGUCUUCAUAGGCCUCCUGUUCACAAGAUUCUGGAUCUUCAGUGUCCUGUAUGCAGUCUGGUGGUACCUGGAUCUAUCCAAGCCAUGGCAGGGGGGCAGGCGCAUUGAGGCCUUAAGGCGCUGCGUCAUAUGGAGGUACAUGAAGGACUAUUUCCCCAUCUCGCUGGUCAAGACUGCCUAUCUGGACCCCUCCCGGAACUACCUCGCUGGUUUCCACCCCCAUGGGAUUCUGGCCACUGGAGCUUUUACCAACCUGUGCACAGAGAGCACCGGUUUUUCCUCACUGUUCCCUGGCAUCCGCCCACAUCUGAUGAUGCUGAACUUGUGGUUCUGGUCUCCUUUCUUCAGGGAUUACAUCAUGUCAGGGGGGCUGGUCCCAGUAGACAAGGAGAGCGCUGCUCACAUUCUGAGCAGGAAAGAAGGCGGCAACCUCAUGGCCAUAAUUGUUGGGGGCGUCCAGGAGGCACUGGAUGCCAGGCCUGGAGCCUACAAGCUGGUGCUGCGAAACCGCAAGGGCUUCAUCAGGCUCGCCCUGACGCACGGGGCAGCUCUGGUACCUAUCUUCUCCUUUGGGGAGAAUGACAUAUUCAAGCAGGUUGAGAACUCCCGUGGCUCCUGGGUGCGCUGGUUCCAGGACCGGCUUCAGAAGAUCAUAAGAGUCUCCAUCCCACUCUUCUAUGGCUGUGGAGUCUUCCAGGACAGCUUUGGUCUUAUGCCCUACCGCCGACCCAUCACCACCGUGGUGGGGAAGCCCAUCGAGGUGCAGAAGACACCACAUCCCUCCCAGGAGGAGGUGGACAGGAUGCACCAGCGCUACAUGCAGGAGCUGGAAAACCUCUUCGAAGCCCACAAGCUCAAGUACAACGUCCCCAGAGACCAACACUUGGAGAUCUGUUGAGUGCCUCCCCAGAGGAGGGGCUCCUCCAAAGGGCAGGGCUGGCAUUAGGGAGGAUGAAGGAAGAUUCUGUGAUCCCAGAAGGCUUCCUGGAGGUGUCUGUUGAACACAUCUCCAGAGCCUUCACUGACUCCUGCACCUCCACCCUGUGCCAGGCCUUGGGUCACAGCUGGCUCCAUGGCAGAGGAGACCAGACUCUGGCAUAGGUGAUUUGCCCUCCUGCACUGACUCUUCUGUAGUGGGCCCUCUCCUUCAUUCUGCCCACCUGAGAAAUGGGAGAGGAUGAUGUGUGGUGUCUCUGUCCUCUGUGGUCCUGUCACUCAACGGGCAGGACAAGAACAGCUCCAGUUAGCAGGUUGCUCUUCCUCUGCCUUGAGUGACAGCACAGAUGCAGCCCCCAGCUGCAGCCCUUUCUCCUACAAGCUCCCUCAUCUGGCAUCCUGCCUGUCCCAGCUCCUCCCUCCCUGAGAUGAAGAGGAGGGCGAGGCCACAACCCCCUGACUUAUUCUGGCACUUUUGAAUUUCUGGAUCCUCUGAGCCCCAGAGUAGCAGCCAGAGAGGCCGGGAAGUGGGGAAGGAGACUGUGGCUUUAUCACUGGCUAAAUGACCAUGGCAGACCUCUUUACCCUCCCUCUGAGUUUCAGUUUCCCCCAAGGACUAAGAUAACCUCUGACCUCAGCUGUGAUGUCACAUUGACUGAGAGCUCCAUGAGUUAGCUGCGACUCCUCCUUUGUAACUUCAGCCCUGACUUUGACACAGAAGGGAGCUCCAUAAAUGUCAACUC